UUCCGUUGACAUUGCUGCCGCUGCUGAGAGGAGGAGGAGGAGGUGGGGACUUGACUGGUGUUACCAAACCUGCAGGUUUUAUUGCAGGGAGCCGCAGUUUGGUGGCAGCCCGCUUCUCAGCCCUGAUAAUCGGCAGUCAUGUAUCGGCGGCCGCUGCAGUCCGCCGUCAGAAGCCUCUUUAACGCGUCCGCGUCCAGAAAGGUGUUGGAUCAGGAAGCCUGUCUUGCCAGAGCUUUGGUAGCUUGCCAACUGGCCAGAGUCUCCUCUCCGUGUUUGACACCAUGUCGGACUCUGCACAUGACCGCACAGCUCUACAAUGUGAAGGAGACGCCCCAGCACACAGAGGAGGAAGUCGGGGCCUUCACCAAGCUCAUUGAGGCCAUGGGCUUCACUGGACCUCUCAAGUACAACAAAUGGAAAAUCAAGAUUGCUGCCUUGCGCAUGUACACAUGCUGUGUAGAGAGAAUCAAUUACGACGACUUCUUUGAAAAGUGCUGCCUCCCCGACACACUCAACUCUUGGUUCUUGGUAGCGCAGCUGCAUGUGUGGAUGUGUUUGGUGCGGAUGCGUCAGGAGGGCAGAGAAGGAAAGUACAUGUGCCGCUACAUUGUCCACUCCAUGUGGGAGGAUGUAGAGCAGAGGAGCAAAAUCAUGGGGAUCGAUGCCAUCCAUAGAAAGGAAGGGAUGAAAGCGAUGACGGAGACGUUUUACGCGGCAAUUUUUGGAUAUGACGAGGGAAUCCUGUCUGAUGACUGUGUGCUGGCUGCAGCUCUGUGGAGGAACCUGUUCAAUUGUCAGUGUGAAGACCCCAAACAGCUAGAACUCAUGGUGGAGUACGUUCGCAAACAGAUGCAGUACGUUGAUGCUCUGAACGGAGAGGACCUGCUGCUGACAGGAGAGGUGAAGUGGCGCCCUCUGCUGGAGGAGAACGCACAGAGCAUCCUGAAGGUGGCCACGCCCACGUACAACGACACCGGGCUGUGAGACGAAGAGAUUAGACAGACUCCUUUGAUCCAAAGUCCUCUUCUUCUGACCUCUCCUCUCACCUGCUUCACUCCUUUUCCCGUCUUUGUGUCUGUGUGUUGUUCCUUCCUAUAAUCAUGCAACACGUUCCCGUCACGUCUUAUAAGGAGUGACUUUAACUUUGAGAUAACGUCUGUUGCUGUUGCUUUCUAGUCCACUCCUCUCUUUCUUUCUUUCUCAUCUUAAACCCAAAACACAACUUCUUCCUCUCCUCCUCUCCCGAAUGAUUUGUCCAUCAGACCUCUGUUCCUGGAGGUGCGUUACAGGCAGGAUAGACAGCCAGGGAAUAUUUCUCUCGUGCACCCCCAUCAUUAAGCCAAUCCAAAAAAACAAAACAAAACAGGAAACGCCAUGCAUCAUCAUACUCCAUCAUGUUCCUGUCGGUUUUGAAAGCCUCUGAUGCUUCCGCUCUGCAAACGGUUGAAAAGCACUCGAAGACAAGAAGACACUCUGUAUUUAUAUUUGCCGCCAUGAACGCCAGUAUUUAUAAAAGUAUUUUGUAUACCUCCAUGUUUACACUUGUCUCCUGCAGAGAUGUUGGGUAAGACUUCCGUCACUGCUCCUUCACUGCGCGUUAAAUAAAGUUUCACUGUGAAAACAUGAAGUUAGGUGACGUGAAAAUAAUGAUUCAGCUAACGGCCCGUCUCUGUUUAUCAGAGGUCUGUAGUCAAUCAUCUCGGCUCCUGGGCAUCAGACAGUUUUAUGUUUCUCUGUAAGGUUACACCUGUUAGACUCUCUCUCUCUCUCUCUCUCUCUCUUGUCCCGUGAUGCUCUCAGACCUGAACAGGAAGCUCUCAAAGACUUGAGAUCACUGCAUUUAAAAACAAUGCGCUUUUGUUUUGUUUUUAAAAACUGAAUAAAUAAAAUGUUCUCUGGA